AACACAUGGAAGUCCUUGCAGCAGCCUGUGGAAAAAGUGUCAUGGAGGUCUGCAUAUUCUUCYUAAGUGCUAUGAUACUUCUCCCAGGUACUGCUGCCAGUGUACACCCAGUGAAGGCAUUUCUCCAUCACACCGCACACCUAUCCUGUUUUUUUCCAAACUCUCAGAAAAUUGAUGUAAAUAAUUUAAUAAUUUUUUGGCAAAAAGACACUAUUAAAGUGGUGAACGAAGUAUAUUUUGGUCAAGAGAAACAUGAUCACCUUAGUCCUGAAUAUAUAAAUCGCACCAAGGUGGAUCUGAGCAAAUGGACCUUGCAAUUGUUAMAUGCAGGAAUUGAGGACGAGGGACACUAUCAGUGUGUUAUUAUGCAGAAAAGAGAUGAACAACCAGCAGAGCUCAUACACAGAUCUGAGUGUGUGCUGCACAUCRUUGCCAACUACAGUCAACCUGAGAUAGCAGAACUGCACACUGGGGAACUAAAACCCAACGGAUACUUGAAUUUUUCCUGUUCUUCCAGCGGAGGUUAUCCAGAGCCCGAGGAGAUGACUUGGCUAAUCUCACAUGAGAACAUCACACACAGCAGUACAGCUGACAUGGAUGUCUCCCAGGAUGCUGUSACAAAGCUGUACAAUGUUACCAGCAAGCUGAAUAUCSCAGUUCCUACAAAGAGCAGGACUARUAUCAGCUGCUUGCUUCACCUURGGGAGCAGCUGGGAAGCCUUGUYUCAGUGCCACUGGGCAUAGAGAUACCAGAGAAAGAAAUGGAGCCAGCAAAGAUAAAUUUCUUUGGCCCACUUAUAGCUGUGGUUGUACUGAUCACUGCAGCACUUCCUCUGGGUUUUGUGAUAUUAAAGAAGAACAGAAAUAUCUUGUCUACCAACCAGAGUGUUAGUCUAGCAGUCUAGAAGCUAUCCAGCUUGAAACUGAGGCCACCAGCCAGACUGCUGACUGAGAACCAYCUCUGCACAUAGCAAGGUGUGAGGUUCCACGUUUUUUGAGGCUCUGCCAGAACAAGAAUCCUCYCCAGAUGCCCUACAGAACAACAUGCAACACUUUUGUGUGAUGGCUGAAACCUACUGCCCAGUGUUCUCUGCUUUGUUUUUGCUCCAGAAUGGCAGUAAAUAAGCUGCUCUGCCUGCCUUCAUGAGUACCUUUUUGUUGUAUYUUUUAUUAUGCACUGUGACAAUGUAAAAUCCUGAGAGUCAAUGGUGAAAGCAGAGCUGCAUAGGUUACAGAGUGUCUCAGAAACAGAGUUAAGCCACAACCUGUGAAUCAUAACCAUGGCUGCAAACAGGAUCAGAGUAGGCUAUUACACACAGAAUCACAGAACCGUGGAAUCAUAGAAUGCCUUGGCUUGGAAGGGAACUUAAAGGUCAUCCAGUUUCAACCCCCCUCCCUAACCAGGAGCCAGAAAUGCUCUUGGCACACCCACUGUGGCUUUGUACCAGUAACUUUCUUGUAAAGCUUYGCAUCAGAAAGAGGAACUUCAGGGCACUUCCCUACCUUCUCAGAAAAGUCGUGCAAUUCCUAUCAGGCAUGUGAAAGUAGAAAAAGUCUAAAGGAAAUACUUUAAACAUAAUUUGCGAUUAUCUUUGAUUUUUUCAAUAUCAUCCAAGCUUAAUAUGCUCAGACAGUUAGUACUUCCACACUUUGUUCCUCUAUAUCCUGACUGAGAGCUGUAAUAGUUGUUCAGGUGGAUGCAGGGAUAGACAAGAAAGCAUGAGGCAUCAUUCAUACGUGUGUAUAUCUAAACAUACAAAAUUCAGCUGAGCAGAUMAUGAAAAAACAUAACUCAUGUUCCAUUUUGGCUGACUGUGUUCUCCCUUUCUUAAUUUUCCUUCAAACCUUGAUGAUAGAGCAUUUCAUACACUGUGGUAUGUUUAGCCACAGGAAGUAAUUUUACCUUUCGGAAAAGACUUUUUGUUCCACUCAAAAUAUGUCAGUUCUCCUAWCUUGAAUGACCUCUGCACUUUAUAUUCUUUAACAGCACUGACAUCUUUCAGGAGGAAGAAUGCAGCAAAACUGAGGCAAAAUUCUUUUGAGGUCUGGAUUGUGUUUGUAGGUCUGACACUUUCAGAAAGAGCAGGGAUAUUAGCAUCAUAUUCUCAAGACAAAUUUCAGCUCCGAGUUGCAGUGUGGGGGCAUAAAUUCCCUACAGUUUCUGCUGGGUACAAAUAUUCUAUACUGUUAAAUGAUGUUGUGAGUUACCAUGUUCCACCUCAAUUUUUACUGCAUUUUCAAGCUGUGACAGAAAUGUGUGUUCUUUAGAGUUAGCAAAACUAUUUGGGAGUCAGUUUAUUAAGCUAUUACACUAACAAUCCAAAUAUUUUCAUUCAGAUUAUUAUCAUUCAAAUGUUAUUAGAAGUUAAAGAUUUCAGUUUUUUUGUAAAAGUUUUACUUGCUAGCAAACUUAUUUAAUGAAUUAUUAAAAGAUAUGUCUUUUUCUGUGUUGCUGUUUUUAUUCUCCUUCCAUUAAAGCAUCAUGUUAGGCAAUACCAACAUUUUGUGU